GCGUCGCCGCUCACCUGGCUGCCAUGCGCUUCCGAAAUAGAAGCGGUUGCUCGAACAGCUGCCGUUUCGGCGAAACGCUGAUGGCGCUGGUCGUAAUUCUGCUGAUGUCCGCCGCACGACCUGUCCACUGCCUGGACGAGCCUGGUGAACUCGCGGAGACGGACGAAGUCCUUCCGGCUGAGUCCGCGGUCGUGGUCCAGAGCGUAGCUACCCCGCCACCCGAACCCAGCUUCAUCGACAAGCUCAAGCGAUGGAUCGGCCAGCGCAUCGACGAGUCAUCACCGGCACUGACGCGCAAGCUCCUUACGGCCGACGUCUCACCGCAGUGCAGCAUCGGUCUUCUGAAGAUGGUACGGGGACUGCGCAACCUGGAGCCAUGGGCACUAAGACUUUUCGACGCUUCGGGCAAGUACCCGACGGGGGCACUUCAAGCCACAAAGUCCGACUUUGGCGCCUUCGACGAAUGUCUGGAGACUGUGGUCACGGACAGCCACGGCUACGUGGCGGCGCGUGGCCAGUACUGCAACCUGCUCUACUUCGGCGGGAACAGCAGCGAUCUCAACGACUACAUCCUUCCCGCUAUGGCAGUUGUGCACCCCCGGCCGCUGGCGUUCGAGUAUGCGGUGUGA